AUGCAGCAGAACUCGAGAGGCGCCCCCGAGCAGAGGAGCGGUAAGCGCAAGUCGAUCGGCAAGAGGAAGCUUUCUGAUCAAGAAGAGGCGGCAUUUCGGUCUCAGAACUCGCAACAGCAACAGCAGGCGACCAUCUCCGAGCUCUUAUCUAGGAACCAUACCCACGGCAAGGGUUAUCCCCAGCAAUCCCCUCCAUCGAACAAGCGUUCUCGGCUAUCAUCGCCAUCAUCGUACUCGCGGGCCCCGGUUUCGUCACAGGAGCUUCAUCCGCCAGACAAGAUGUACAAUUUUUCGAAUUCGGAACAUAGAGCAGGUGGAGCGUUUGCGCAGAGCUCCCCGGCCAACACGGCAGUCAAGCCCCAUUUCUCGAAUACAUCAUCGCGUCAGAGCAAUUUCACCCCUCAUACUGGUGCAAAAAGGCUUGUAGUUAAGAAUCUCCGGACGGGUUCGCGGUUGAAUCAGGAUUCAUACUUUGAUAAGGUCUGGGCACAGCUGGAUGCAGCGCUGAGCGCCGUCUUUAGCGGCGGGAAGCCCGAGGUUUCGCUGGAGGAGCUCUACAAGGGGGCAGAGAAUGUGUGUCGCCAGGGAAGAGCCGUGGUGUUGACCCAACGGCUGCAGGACCGAUGCCGAUCGCACAUGUCUGGGGGUCUGCGGGACGAGUUGCUGGCGAAGGCAGCUGACGGGAGUAAUGUGGAUACAUUGCGGGCUGUGAUUGACGCAUGGAGCACUUGGAAAUCUAAGUUGGUCACCAUUCGGUGGAUCUUCUACUACCUCGAUCAAUCUUUCCUACUUCAUUCCAAAGAGUUUCCAGUCAUCCGUGAAAUGGGCUUGAUCCAGUUUCGGAAUCACAUAUUCUCCGACCCUGUAUUACAACCAAAGAUUCUACAAGGGGCUUGUGACCUAGUUGACGCAGACCGCAAUGAGGAUCAUGCCAUGAUGGCAGAUUCUUCUUUGCUCCGAAAUGCUAUUGAACUCUUCCAUGGACUUGAUGUCUACACAACAAGCUUUGAGCCUCUCCUUCUUUCCGAGUCGAAGCGAUUCUUCGCAUCGUGGGCUCAACGAGAGUCCUCUGGAUAUCUUGCCACAUUUGUGGAGAACGGCCAUAAUCUAAUAGCGAGAGAAGUCAAACGCUGCGAGCUAUUCUCGUUGAACAGAAGCACCAAGCAGAAACUGUCUGAACUUCUUGAUCGUGUCUUGGUAGCAGAUCAAGAGUCGGUGUUACUUAACGAGAAAGACGUUCUUGGGUUGCUUCGAACUGGCAACAAGACUGCUCUGGAGAAGCUCUACACUCUUUUAGAGCGAAGGCAACUUGGGACGAAAUUGAAGCCAGCUUUCAAGAAUUAUAUUGUGGAAGGAGGCUCGCAGAUUGUCUUUGACGAGGAGAAGGAGGCUGGAAUGGUCGUUCGUUUGCUAGAGUUCAAGGCACAGCUGGACGAUACAUGGGUCAACUCGUUCCACCGCAAUGAGGAGCUGGGUCAUGCACUGCGCGAAGCAUUUGCAACCUUUAUGAACAAGAGCCGGAAACCGGAAUCUACCGGCGGGACAGACAAUGUCAAGACUGGCGAGAUGAUUGCCAAGUACGUGGACAGGCUGCUGAAAGGUGGAUGGAAGCUGGCACCUGGGCGCAAUAUGGCGGACGUGCCGCUGGCCGACGAGGACGCUGAGAUUAACCGACAACUGGAUCAAGUGCUGGACCUGUUUCGAUUCGUCAACGGCAAAGCGGUGUUUGAGGCAUUCUACAAGAACGACCUGGCUCGUCGGUUAUUGAUGGGCCGAAGCGCAAGUGAUGAUGCGGAGAAGAGCAUGCUGGCAAGGCUCAAGACAGAAUGUGGUUCUACAUUUACACACAAUCUCGAGUCCAUGUUCAAGGAUAUGGAUGUAGCGCGAGACGAAAUGGCUGCAUAUGCCUCGAUUCAGCGCGAACGGAGGAAACCGCUGCCGAUCGAUCUAAAUGUCAGCGUGCUCUCAGCCUCUGCAUGGCCAUCGUACCCUGAUGUGCAGGUGCGGAUUCCACCAGUCGUUGCAGAAGCGAUUGAUGACUUUGAGACGUUUUACUACAACAAGUACAACGGGCGGAAACUUAACUGGAAGCAUCAGUUGGCGCACUGCCAGCUGCGGGCCAACUUUUCGCGCGGACAGAAGGAGCUGGUGGUCAGCUCGUUUCAAGCGAUCGUACUCCUGCUUUUCAACGACGUUCCUGAGGGCGGAAGUCUGAGCUAUGCUCAGAUUCAGGAAGGGACGAAACUUUCCGACCAGGAGCUCCAACGCACACUCCAGUCGCUGGCAUGCGCCAAGUAUCAGGUCCUCACUAAGAAGCCAAAGGGACGAGACGUCAAUCCUACGGAUGAAUUCUCGUUCAAUGCGGGCUUUACGGACCCAAAGUUCCGGAUCAAGAUCAAUCAGAUUCAACUGAAGGAGACGAAGGAGGAGAACAAGAAGACGCACGAGCGGGUGGCGGCCGACCGACAUCUUGAGACUCAAGCGGCCAUCGUGCGAAUCAUGAAGAGUCGCAAGCAGAUCUCGCACGCUGAACUGGUUGCAGAGGUGAUCAAGGCGACGCGAAGCCGAGGAGUGUUGGAUGUAGCGGAGAUCAAGAACAAUAUUGAAAAACUGAUCGAGAAGGAUUACAUGGAGCGAGACACGGAGACCAGUCCCAAUAUGUACAAAUAUGUCGCAUAA